AUGGCGUUCCCUGUGGACUUGCUGGAUAGUUGCAGUCACGAGGAACUGGAAAAUUCUGCUGAAGAUUAUAUGUCGGAUCUAAGGUGUGGGGACCCUGACAGUCCUGAGUCCUUUUCUCUUCUCGAUGUAACGAUUCCUAUUAGCCUGUCAAAUGUAGGCUUUGUACCUCUUUAUGGUGGAGAUCCAACCCAGAAAAUUCUUGCUCUUUUUUCACCUGAGGACUCACUCACAGCUGUGGCACUUUACCUGGCUGAUCAGUGGUGGGCUAUUGAUGAUAUCGUGAAAACAUCUGUCCCUUCUAGAGAGGGGCUUAAGCAGGUGAGAACUCUUGGGGAGAGAGUGGUUCUAUAUGUUCUGAAUCGAAUUAUUUAUAGAAAACAGGAAAUGGAGAGAAAUGAGAUCCCAUUCCUGUGUCAUAGCAGUACUGAUUAUGCUAAGAUUCUGUGGAAGAAAGGAGAGGCCGUUGGGUUUUAUUCAGUUAAGCCUACAGGAAGCAUAUAUGCCUCACUUCUUACCCAAAGCUACCAACUGCCAGUUCUUGAUACAAUGUUUAUAAGAAAAAAAUAUCGAGGCAGAGAGUUUGAGCUUCAUAUGCUGGAGGACUUUGUUGAUUCCUUUACAGAAGAUCUACUUGGCUUACGGUACCCACUGACCUCUAUAAUGUACGAAGCUUGCAAACAAUACUGUGAAAAGUAUCCAGGAGACCAUGAACUCCUUUGGGAAGUUGAAGGUGUUGGACAGUGGUACCAGAGAAUACCUGUCACCAGAGCAUUACAGAGAGAAACACUUAGACUUACAGUAAUUUCUCCAUAUGAAGCUAAAAGAACCACAUCUGGAGAAUAUGGUCUUGCAUCUGUUCCCGAAUAUGAAGCAGGAACUGAAGACGGUCCGUCUAGUGAGAUGCAGCUAACUGUUGAUUCUCUAAAAGAUGCUGUUGCAAGCACUUCUGAAGGUCAUGAUAAAACACCAGUUUCUACUCGUACUCGAAGUAGUCAUCUGAAGCGGCCAAAGGUUGAAAAGCAGUUUCAGCAUUCUGAAUUUAGUGAUCCUCCAGGGGAAGAUGAAAAGACAGCCCAGACUUCACCCACAGCUUCAGGGAUUAAGUUGGAGUCUACUCCACGCAUAUCAGAGAGCUCAGAAGAAUUACCAAAAGAAGAACAUGUACAGAAUGUGAUAGAAUUUGACAAUGGAAAUAGUGAUAAAGAUGCUCAUUCAGCACCUGAAACCCAGUCACAUCUGGAGAAGCAAGAUAGUGAAAAGGAAUUUGAAUUAGAGCCUAUGAAUGGUGAAGUAAUGGAUGAUACUAUUAAGACCUCUCCUAUACCUGAAGAGAAUGAUUCUCUUGGUGAAGUUUUAGAUAAAGAAUUAAAAUUGCAGUCUUUUAAUUCCAAUGAAGACCCUACAAAUCUUGUUCCACUGGUGGUAGAAUCUUCAAAACCCCUUGAGGCUGUUGCACAGGAUAAGACCUCACAUGUAACUGACUCAGAAGAGUUGUUAAACGAAGGCCCAUCUGAUGAUGGGAAGGGGCACACAGAAGAGAAACUGCCACAAGUUCAAAGAAAGAAGGCACAUUUUGUGAGUUCUGACAAUGCUGCCACUAUCCCACAUGAAGAACGAUCUGACAGUGGUUUUCCAAACUCUGUGAUAGCUGAACUUUCUGAAGAACCGAUCUCUGAAAAUUUGUCACCCAAUACUCUUCCCUCAUUGGAAGACCAGGUUGAAGAGGGAGUGUCUGAGCCCCAGGAAACAUCUCCAGGUCUUCCUCAGAGUUCUUUGAUCGAGGUUGAACUUGAAGAUAUGCCAUUUGCACCGAAUGCAGGACAGAAGAACCAAUCAGAGGAGCAAUCAGAAGGAUCUUCUGAGCAACUGGAUCAGUUUACACAGUCAAUAGAAAAAACGGUGGAUAGCAGCUCAGAGGAAAUAGAAGUGGAAGUGCCUGUUGUAGACAGGCGGAAUUUAAGAAGAAAGGCCAAAGGAUAUAAAGGACCCGCUAAGAAGAAAGCCAAGCUGACCUGA